AUGGCUUCUUCCUCAAACCAACCAACAAACCUUAAUCCAUUACAAUUCUACCCUCAACCAAACGUCAACAUCCCAACCAAAAUCUAUAGUCACACAAUGACCCUUGAAACCCUAGAAAAUUCCACAAACAACAUUGAAGAAAAAGUAGCAACAAUAGAACUUUAUAUUCAAGGAUACUACAAACUUUUUGUUCAACCCUUUUAUGGAUUUCAACCAGUAGCAACAGAAAAUAAUUUUAUUGUGUCACCAAAGUAUAGAUACGGGUUAAAGUUUCCACUUUUCUUGAUCACUAAAAAUCGUAACUUUUUACCUUUCAUUGUGUCACAAAAAUUGGAAAAAUUACCCAUAAGCACCGGUUUGGCUUCAUACAUUAAACCAUUAAUUGUUGACAAUGCUAUUGAAAUGGGACAAAGGAAUGGAGACAAGGAGUUUAAGAUUGUUGUUGAUGUUAAGGUUGUUGAACUUGAUUUGGCAGAUUAUGGUGAGUGUGAUGGUUAUCGUAGACACGGUCUUAAUUAA